UACGUCACUUAGCGGAAAAACGCAAUUUCGUUUGCACAUGCGCGUUUCCCGUUCUUCCUUUUCGACACGCGAGUGAAAGAGACAAGAUGGGCCAUCAGCAGCUCUACUGGAGUCACCCAAGAAAAUUCGGCCAGGGAUCUCGAUCCUGCCGGGUAUGCUCAAACAGACACGGUUUGAUCCGUAAAUAUGGGCUCAACAUGUGUCGCCAGUGCUUCCGACAGUACGCAAAAGACAUCGGUUUCGUGAAGCUGGAUUAGAUGUGCUGGGGAGGCUUUGCCGAUUGGACCACCCAACGCUUCACCAAACCCAUCAUGAAAAGCAGCUCACCCAUGGAUUUGUUAUUUGUAUUCUCAUUAAAUUGUUGGCGAUCCUAA